AUGUCGUCACUAUUCUCUCAGCUACUGACCAAUGCGCACAAAGCCCUUUCUGUACCCUCUCUACUGUAUUCAGAUACUUGCCUUUGUGCACCAUUGCGAAGCGACCCCAAUGGCCUCGUAGCAACCCCACAAUUUCGCUUUUCGUUCAGGAACAGGGCAGCCCCUGUUCACACGCGGACAGCUCGUCUCAAAAUGCGUCCAGCUCUGGCGGGUAUUGCGGCGGAGAUGCUGAGCGGAGCUACCUGCAUGGCCAGGCCGAGGCUCGGCAGCCUCUCGCCGUUCCCCCUCACCAAAACACUGCUGCCGAUGUCAAGCACGGGGAGCCACAGAUUUCGCUCUACGUCCUCGCUGCAAGGGUUUUCAGAGCUGGCCAGAGAGCGGUCGAAGACUGUCACGUCGUUUUACAACCAGUCUGCCAUCGACGUUUCAGCAGAAAAGGUAAAAAUGUGACUUUUAACCGGUUGACUGAAUUCAAACUGAAGUAAUGAGGGCGUUAAGCUAGCUCUAACCUGACAAUACUGUUAGCCGAUAGCGAGGCUUGUGAGGCGUUCAGGGACAUAUCAAAAAGUUCGGAUUCUUCACCAGGCGACCGUUAUACAAUACAAUUUGACACACACACAAAAUUAAAUAUUGUUUUAAUUGGAAAAUGCGAUAAUAAGAGAUUUUUAAAGCGUGCCAUGGUUUAAAUGGCGUGUCACCGACAAGGAAAUUCCGAUUUUUUUCUUCUAAAAAAGGGAAAAUCGAGGAUAUGUCGAGGCUGAUCAGAAGUAACUGGUUUAGCUGAUUUAGAUUUUACCUAAACUGUAAUAUCCAGUUUGCUGACUGUUGGAAAUUUAAUGUUAAAUCACAAAGUGAACGCGUGUCUUACUUCAAACAGGUAUUUCUCUGAAUAGUUCCAUAGGCCGUGAACGCAGCGUCAGGGUUUUUCACACCAGUAUAAUAUGUGCCUGCUGACAUUGGUUAAUCUCGGACAGACAGAGUAAUGCCAUGAUGUUGCAGUUCCCCUCUACUCCGUCUUUUAUUGUCAUUAAAUUUGUACUCAUACUAAUAAAAAAUAACCCCAUAAGAAAGCAAAUAUCAUUAACACCUUAGCAUAGUCAGUUUAAUUAAAAGACAUGUGUUUUAAAGUGAUUGAGGUUGACCUUAUUAAUGCACGCUUAUGAUGUGGCCCUUUAUUGACAGUGAAUAGUAUUUAUAUGAGGUACAAGUAGCCUAAUGUAAUUCCCCAGUAUCCCUAUUAUAGUCACUCAUCGUGCUGGAUAAAAAGGAUGGCUCUUUUCUCAGAAUUUGGAGGUCAACUUUUCCUCCAUAUUUCUCCACAGAGAUUUAUUCCUCUUUGUCAUCUACUCACCAGCUGUGUGUUACGCAAAAUGGGUAUUUACUUAUUUGGAAGACACAACCGUCACUUCUGACAGUAAAAUGAGUAAGGAAUUUGGCAUCGCAUAUCAACUGUGAGUUAAAAGAAGGAAAUGACCAAUGCAGUUGUUUUGUCCAGAGGAAUCUGGUUAGCUCAGUAUGUAUUAGUUGUUGCCUCUUUUCUUCAAGUCUGCCUGAUUAUAGUUAGCUGGAGGGAUUUGUCUUGUGACCUGUACUCACAGGAAAGACUGGUGCAUUGGUUCCCAGUGAAUAGCUUGAGGAGCAGGGCUGCAAGAUGAAUGUCAGGAGUUUAAAAACUGACACAGCAGAAACAUUGUCAAUGGACCUUAAAAAAACAAAAAAAAAAAACAAGGUCUUACUCUUUUUGGGAGAUGCUCCUGCCCUUAUCUAGUGAGGCAUAGUCUGUUAAAGCUCUCCUGUCUUAACUUGUGUGAACUUUUCCUCACUACCACUCGAUUUCACCACACCAAUCAGGCAAUUCGGUGUUGAUGAAUACAUUUGAUCACAAUAGGCUCUACAUGCAUUAAAGCCUCUCGGCAAGGAUUGGCAGUAACAUAAAUGCAAGCUUACCUUGUAUGUCAAGAUUUUCCUCUUAGUAACUGUCAACCUCUGGAUAAUCUUUACCCUCAGUCCUGUUUGUUUCUGAGGCUGUUUGCACUGUCUGUAUUUCUAUUCUUUUUCCUGCUGUCUCAGGAUCCUGUUGAUCACUCUGUCUCAAAGUGAUCAACAGGUGCUGCAAGAUUUUCCAGACAGUUUUUCAAAUCAGUGCCCUUGAAUCCAGUCACUGCAUUCUGAUCACCUGCUGUUUGGACACAGGUCACAUUUUUCUCACAAGUGUUACUGACUUAAUGUGACUGAGUCUAAUUAAGUCACACAAAAUCAACUUCAGUCUAAUUAUACGUUUUUUACAUGGACUAUUACAACAGUUCAACCAUCUUUUGGAAGCCAUCAAAAGAGAUAUUUAAGAUGUGAAAUCUAUGGUUUUUGUUGGAUUUUUGACAAAAAUACAUUUUAUUGAAAGUCUUUGAUUUAAAUUCAAAUAGUUUGAAUCUAUGAAAUGGCAGAAGUCAGUUAUUAAAAAACUUUGGAAGUGGUUUGAAAAAAAAAGAUUUUAAAAUUUUGUUUUUCAAAUUAAAUCAGCUUAAUAUAUCAAGAGCUGGAAUAGUCAGUUUUCUCAGUCAGAUGGUAUCCAUGAAGAUUAGACAUCUUCUUAAGCCACGUUUUUUCUUCAUUAAACUGAUGAAUCAUAUAUUUUCAUGACUGUAUUUUUUUUUUAAAUCAAAUUUACCUAGGGAUUCCUUAGAGCACAUGCACACUUGUUACAUUAAGAGAGGAUAAACCAGUAUGUAUUGUGGAAACCUUUGCUGGGCUAAUGAGCAGUUUGAUAUAAAAAGUAUUCAGUUUGGCUCAUGCACUAGUCCUUAAAUCCUUGUAAAGUACAAAAACAUGAGUGCUUUAAGUCAUACUCAGGUUGUGUUACUAAGUAACUGUUGGACAUCUCUGUCUUUUGUUGUUCAUUACACACAAACAACCAUACAGUGUCAGUUGACCUGCCCUCCUCACUGAACAACUGUGUGACCAUAUGUGUUGAAAUCUUUCCAGGCUUCAGUGCGAUUGACCUUAGCGACCUUGUUGUAUUCUGGGAAAUCUCCUGAUGGACACCACAUCUUGGUAAAUAUUUCAGCCACACUGAGAAAACUGUACAGUGUGUGUUUAAUGAGAAUGUCUUGCUGACCGUGACUUUACACUCACCUUCUUUCUACCGUAACUGUCCUGUUUGUGCUUCAGAGCAGUGCCAAGUACUUGCAUAAGGAGUUGCCUGUAAGAAUUGCUCACCGCAUCAAAGGUUUCCGCAGUUUGCCCUUCAUCAUUGGUUGCAACCCGACCAUUCUGCAAGUGGUAAGAGGACAAUUCACACACACGCGCACACACUCACACACUAAAUUGCACCUCCUGAGUCAUUGUGGAAUUAUACAUGAAGUAUCAUGGCGGUGGCGCCGGCCCUGCACUGGAUUCUAUAAUAAGAAAGUGACGACUGGGCUGCAGCACAGAACCAUGGCUGAGAUGUUGAUAGAUGCAGAGAAGUGCUCUCUGUUGUUAAAGUUUGGCCUCUGUAGUUUGCACCAAGACCGGUUAGCCAUAGCUCACAACUAAAUCCCAUGUUUCCAUCAAUCUCUGUGUCCGUGGUUGGAUCCCCUCCCUGCUCAGUAUGUCAGCAGGUCACUGUUCGAGACAUUAUACAACCAAAUAUUCCACACAGAGAAGCGUACGAUCAUGAUACAAACCAAUGGAGCUGCAACAACUCACUUUGUUUGGUUUAUGUAACAAGGAUGGAAGGAGGAAGGAGAGGGCGUCGUCUUUCAUGAAAAAAAAAUCUACCGAUAAGUACUGCAUUGAGCAGGAUAUAAAACAGGUCCCUUUCUUUGACAUACAUUUCAAAACUGUGGGGUUGUCUCAUGCUCUGUGUUUAGUAAUUAAUUGUGAAGAGAGUUUAUCUGUUGGGUCAGUGUGACCCUCGUGGCUGAGAAACAGACAGUCGCUGCUACAGUGCUGGGAGGAUGAAAGAUAGAGGGGCAUGGUGAGCUGAGCAAAGAAAUGCAAAAGAAGGAAUUGUUGACCUCAAGCAGGGACAUAAAAAAACAAUUUAGCAGAGAUUUUAACAGCCAAGAAACAUGGUGUCAGAAUGUAAUGUCCAGAGAUGACGGAUGCAUAAAGAAUCAGUCUUAAAAUGUGUUUGUGAAUAUGUUACUGAAUCCAACAUCCAAGGAAGGAAUUCAAUAGUCACCACUAAAAAAAAAACAUGGGAAACUCUCUUAAUAGAUUACACAAACGACCAAGUCUUAAAAUCAAGCAGUUUUUACUGAUCUUUUUUGCUUUAUGACUGUUAAAGACCCACUCAGAAUUUUUUUUUUUGCGUUCUCAGUUUUCGUUAAAUUGUAAAGUUUUUAGUCAAAAUCACGUUACUUAUGUCAUUUUCGAGGGCUUUUCUUCUUCACCUCUGAGUCGUGGGCGGAGACAGCGCUGCUCUGCACUCUCCUCUUCAUUCUAGCUUGUAGCCUAACAUUGCCAGAGUAGUAUAAGUGGCAGGUAAUAUAAGAGCUAUUCAGCUUUCGAACACUAUUGUCUUUUUGGGCGUGGUGAAAGUUAAUAUCAUAAUUAGCUUACUUAUGAGCAUUUCAAUCCGCUACUUCACACACUUGUCUUGCGAUGGUCCUCUCUACUUCUUGGGAUCUGGCCUGCGGAGUGGGGCACUGGGGGCGGAGCACGGACUUGUGACAUAGAAAAUCCCACUGUGUCUGAACUUGCCGUUUAGGUCUGUGAGAGGUCCACAGCGAUUUGAAUGCAGAACUACUCAAAUACAAUUUCACACUUAGUUUUCUCAUGAUAUGUCCUUUAGCAUCAGAAAAAUACCGUAUGAACAUGGAGACAACAAGAAAAACACGAUUUUCAUCAGAGUGGGUCUUUAAUAAUGAUGAAGAAGAGGUCUCUUACUGUCAUUUUCAGCUUAUGGUCUCUCCUUCAAAAUGUUCAAACCCUCUAAUAACUCUUUGUGUUAUGUCCAUUAAUAUGUCAAGAUAAAAACAAUCAAGUGGAAAAAGUUCAAAACUUUUUCCAGCUGUUUCUAUAAGAUAAAGUAGUUUGUCUCUUCAGUCGCUGUUAAAAGUCAAAAGCACAAAUGUGUUCAGAGUUUCUGUUCUCUUUCUUUUUCUUGGGAGUGAUGCCAGGAAUUCUUACUCUGCUUAUAUAAUUCAUAGCAUGUGGUCUGGCAGCAGAUGUAACCCAUAGUAUUCAGUAUGUAGGUCAGAGUUACGUGACCUAUAAAUGUAGAUCUGGGCUCUCUAUUUCCACUGGAGCAUGACGCAUCAAAGUCCACAUUGCAUGGUUAUUGUAAAUGUUGCCAUUAAGAUUUGCUUUCCCUUAGAUAAAGACACUUAAUCACGACACACGUUUUGUCUUCAUCUUUACACAAAAUUCACAAUAACCAGAAAAUGUUAAUUACCAGCCUCGUUGAAGAUCCCAGCUGAGAUGAGUGCUAAAAGUGCUGAAAGUCUCAGUCGAUGCCGAAACGUUUUUUUUUUCUGUCCACUUCAGAGCGCAAGGACUCUAAAAAGGCAGAGUUCUUCAGAUGCUGUUUUAGGCAAAUACAAGAUGUGCAACUCAAGCAACUCAAGAACCAUCUUCAUGAUGAGCACAUUCUGUGACAUUAUAUCAGAGACUGCAGCAACAUGUCCCUGUCAUUAUUUAAUUCGAGCUACAGUUUGUCUCCAGGGCCUCCAUGUGGGAACUCGGUCCCCUCUUUCUCUCCAGAUCGGAUCCAGCGCCUCUGCAUGUCUCAUUGGCGGCGAACUUUCACCUAGAUUCCGCUCUUACUUGUUCCUCUUUGCCGAUUACAUAAAGUGAAGCUCCUUUUGUUCGCCAGCAGUGUUAAUCUAGGUCAGGGUGGCUUUACUCAAUCCAUCAGAUGAGAAAAAAAAAAAAACAGUUGUUGAAGAAGGUUUCGAGUUUCAAGUCAUUGUGCAGUCAUUUACUCUGAAAAGUUAUGGGGGAACAAACUGUUCUACAGCCAUUAUUGUUGUGUGGGAGGGGAGUUGCUCCAGGAAAUAAUAUGAGCCACAUGUAGUCUAAGUUCAGUGGCUUAUGUUUUAUGUUUGAAUAGAUGCUCGGAGAACUGCUCUAACUCCAUCCUCCACCUCUCUUUUCUUGUUUUUCAGCACGAGCUGUACAUCCGAGCCUACCACAUGCUCAGCGACUUCCCCCCGGUGAGUGUCACAAACUCAAAAACACAGGGUCAAAAGUUCAAAUUCUUCUUACCCAGAGUGUUAUUACUGACAAACACAAACAGGAAAGGUUUUAUAUGUGCUGUCAACACUCUUUCCAUGCAUGCAUUUCACAUGGCAAUUCAGAAUCGGUGUAUCUGUUCACCACCGAGGCAAUAUUUUUAUGUUCAUGUUUAUUCGACAGGUACAAAUGCAGGUUUCUAGCCAUGGCUGAUUUGCAGAAGCUUCAAGAAAUGCAAACGGAAAUCCUAGAUGACUGAAAAUAAAAUACCACAACCAUUAAAACAUCCUGUUAAUAAUCAGUGUAUGCAAUAAAAUGGACUUCGGCAAAGACAGAGGCUAGAAUGAAGAGAUAGAAAACCGUUAAACCAUGAGCAUAUUUUAAGGUACACACAAGAUGCGCAUCAACGCUUGUAUGUGAUCUGUGGUGUAGGGGAGAGUGGGGUAAGAUGAGCCAUUUCUCAUAUUUCAGAUCACUACAUCAAGGCAAUCAUAGUUUUGUCUCUAACUAGUGUAUCUGCAUAUAUUUCAAGAUGUUGUGGAUCCCUGCAAACCAACAGAGUGAGUGGAAACAUAACUGCCUUGAUAAUAUAGCAUGCCAAAAAAAAGUGGUCUCCUAUGUUCAACUUACACCGUGUAUGGGGUAAGUUGAACCGUAUCCCUACAGACUCCAUGAAUUGAUGCACAUCUCCUAGAUAUUUGGUCACAUGAUCGAUUUCUUUUACCGUUUCCAAGCAACAGGGGGUGGCUCAACUUACCCUUUGGCUUACCCCACUCUCCCCUACAAGUUCCAAGUCUUCAUUGUAAUUGUGUAACAAGACAAAACUUUUAAACUGUACCAGUCAGUGUUCACAGACUAAGCUGACUUACAGUCAUCUCUUAAAAUAUGUCUUUAAGUUCUGUCAGUUUGUAAAUUUCAGAUGGGGAUGAAGAUCAGUUUUGGAUGAUUGAAUGUCAUUCUUUGUUCAGCACUUACUGUCUCCUCAUUUACCAGUUGACCGAAUAUUUCAAGUGCAAGGUUAUUCACACACCGAAAAAUUUGAUUUGAGAUUGGAAAUUUGUCAGAACUGUCAUGACUCAGCAGUGGUAUUUCAUGGCACGGGAUCGUCUUUCCAUCUUUCCAUCUGACAGAUUUCUGUUUCAUUAUUUGCAGCGCCUCUUUAUGCAGAGACUGUACGGAUGCAAAUAUAUUACAUAUAUAUAAUAUAGAUAUAUAACACAAGAAAAAAAGGAAGUUUGCUGUUGAAUUUGUUUAAAAGCAGAAUUUUAUUUAAUCUCAGGACCUUCACUCUUCUGAGCUCAUUUUGCUUUCUUUAGAAUACUUCCCCAUCUGCUCUACAAAUAC